UCCAAGGGGGGCUCAGGGGAACUAUGCAUGGAGCUGGGCCUCCUAAAGGAGGUUUCCAGGAGCUGUUGUGAAUGGGGAGCCGUGUCAGCUGACGAGGAGUUUGUAAGGGAUUGAAUCAGGGGCACAGAGUGAAGCUUAACAAGGCUUUUCUGAGACUUUAAAAUUAUCUUAUUCUGAAGUAAUAGUUCCAAGAAAGCUGAAACCAAGAGAUGACAGAGACACCAAGGAGAAGGUGUCUUAUCGAAUUAAAGUAGAAGGAAAGUUCCAUAUUGUUCACCUACUACAGAAGAAAAUGUUCAUAGCCCCAAAUUUCCCAGUUUUUACUUACAAUGAGAAGGGAGACUUGAUAACAGAUUAUCCAUAUAUACAGACGUAGCAGAAAGGGCAAGAGGUCCAGAGCUGUGGAGCCUGGAGUGGAAAAGAAUGUACUUGGAGGAGAGAUUGUUGGAGCUGGUAUCCAGGUAUCAGAGAGAACUGAUAGAACUGGAUCAACAGAAGCUUGUUGACCAGGUCAAACACAGCUGGCUCAAAGAGGAGAAGAGAGUCAAGUCAUGCCCAUGGGACCAAAGAACAAGGACAUCUGACAUGCCUUAACAGCAGCUAAAAGGCAAUCAGGAUGAUUGCUACUACUCUGGAUAUGUGGAGGAUGUCCCAGAAUCUGUUGCAGUUCUCAGCACCUGCUCUGGACUCUGGUAAUGUAGACUCCUCAGUAUGCUAGACUGCAAACAUUAUUAAUUUUCUUCUUCUGAAAUGGAAAGGUAGAUUGAACAUAACAGAAUAACUGGGGCCAUUUGAUGAUUUACGAUUUAAACUAUGAAAUUGAACCUGUUAAAUCUUCCUCUACAUUUCAACAUGUUAUUUAUCGAAUGGCAGCUGAAGAUUCACCUGAUCGAUGUGGAGUAACUGAUGACGAUAUCAAAGAUCAAGCUGCUAAAGGCAGAGAACAUCAAAUAUCUAUGGUUCAGAUGGAGAGACAACUUGAAGUGGAUAAAGGUGAACUAGACACUUUGUACACAUCUACCAGAUAUUUAGAGUGUUAUUUUGUUGCAGACAAAGCAAAGUUUUUAUUUGAAGAUUCCAAUGAAACUUUGUUGACAUUGAAGAUGGUUCAAUAUAUCCAUUUUACAAGUGAGAUGUACCGUCCAUUUGGUCUUCAUGUUGUUCUUAUUGGAUUAGAGCUUUGGACAGAAAGGGAUCUCAUUACAAUUACUCACCGUUUGGGUGACAGUCUUGGAUUUUAUUCAGCCUAUGCUGGAAAGUUCCUUAUGGGCCGUGUACGUUUCGACCACACAGAAUUAAUUUUGGGUGGACGAUAUCCAGGGGGUCUUGGAUUUUCAUAUGGAGACAAUCUGUGCACUAGAGCUCCCUCAGUAGCUGUUGUCAAAGCAAGAGGUAAAUCAGCGCUCUAUGAUGCAACCAUUAUUGCACAUGAGAUGGGCCAUUCUCUUGGCUUAUCUCAUGAUGAUGAGAAGACAUAUGCAGCUAGAGGUUGUGUUUGCAAAUGCCCCAAAAAAGGAAAAUGUAUCAUGUGGUCAUAUAGCCCGUGGUACAUAUGCACAGAGUUCAGUAACUGCUCCAGAGCAGACUAUUUCAACAUGAUAAGAAAACCAGGAAAAACUUGCCUUCUUAACAUACCAGAAAAGAAAAUAUUUGGAACACAGAUGUGCGGUAAUGGUGUAAUAGAAGACGAGGAGGAGUGUGACUGUGGUAUGGAUGAGGUGUGCCUACGAAGUGGUUGUUGCCUAUCCAAUUGUACAAUAAAGCCAGGUGCUGCUUGUGUUUCUGGACUUUGCUGCAAAAACUGUCAGUUUCAUAGACAAGGGAAAAUAUGCAGAGAAAGUAUUGGUGAGUGUGACCUUCCUGAGUACUGCAACGGGACUUCAAACUGGUGCCCAGAGGAUGUAUUUAAGCAGGAUGGAACUCCAUGCAGUGACAAAGACUGUUGUUUCCAAGGGAGAUGCCAUAACCACGAGAGACAAUGCAAAGCUAUAUUUGGCAAAGCAGCACAUCUGGCCCCACUGAGUUGUUUCAAAGCAGUGAAUACUGAAGGUGACCGGUGUGGCAACUGCGGUGGGGAUGGACUUACUUACAAUAAAUGUGAAGAGAAAGAUGUCUUGUGUGGAAGACUGCAGUGUGUUAAUGUUAAAAAAAUACCUCAAAUGAAAAGUCUUGGGUCCAUAGUUCAAACUCCAGUUGAUGAUAUCUUGUGUUGGGGUACAGAAUUUCAUGCUGGGAGGGACAUGGUGGAUGUUGGCUCAGUGGGAGAUGGCACCACAUGUGGUGAGAACAAGAUAUGUAUAAACAGGACAUGUGUCAAUAUAGAAAUUCUGGAUUACGAUUGUAAUUACACAAAAUGCAGUAACAGAGGGACGUGCAACAGUAAGAAAAACUGCCAUUGUAAUUUUGGUUGGGCCCCUCCAGACUGUACAUUAAAAGGAUUUGGAGGAAGUGUUGACAGUGGACCCCCUCCGACUGCCAGUAUGUCCAGUAGUGACAUUGUCAUCAUGGGAGUAGCAAUUGGAAGCAUACUUCUUCUUCUUCUGGUUCUCAGCUUUGCCGUGCAUAAAAGAGCUCAAAUUGCUCGGCUCUUUAGCAGGUCCUCCAGAAAAAGACAGACAACACAAGGUGAUUCUGGUGCUGCAGACACAAAGAGUGUGAAGAAGAAAAGCAGUAUACAGUCUAAAAAGUAGAGGGGAAGCUAUUUGUUUAACAAAACACAGGAUACUGGAAGAUUGAAAAAACAAUGUUUUUGAUCAGUUCAGCCAUUGAAAGAACAUAUGGAACCCUGCUGAGAUACUUGUGUGUCAAAAUUCCCAGUUUUGUGGGAUUCAUGGAGA